AUGUCUCCCAUUGAACCCAUAGCCAUAGUUGGCACGGCUUGUCGCUUCCCUGGCUCGGCAUCAUCGCCAUCUCGACUUUGGGAGCUUCUUCGGGAACCGCAAAAUGUUGCAUCCAAAGUACCGGCCGACCGGUUUAACUCAGAUGCAUUCUAUCAAGCUGGGGAGACCCGACAGGGAAUGACCAAUGCGCCAGAAUCAUAUUUUCUCAAGGAGGAUAUCCGGGCAUUCGACGCUGCAUUUUUCAACACCUCACCCAUGGAGGCGGCGUCAAUGGACCCCCAGCUCCGUUUGCUCCUGGAGGUAGUGUACGAGUCCCUUGAAAGGACUGGAUUGCCCUUGCACCAACUUCAGGGCUCAUCCACAGGCGUAUAUUGUGGGUCCAUGAACAACGACUAUGCCGAGCUCCUUAAUUCCGACACAGAGGCUUUUCCUCCAUUUGGGCUGACUGGCACCUCACGGUCAAUGCUGGCAACCCGUGUCUCCUACUUCUUUGACUGGCAAGGACCUUCAAUAGUUAUCGAUACGGCAUGUUCCUCAAGCUUGACCGCUGUGCAUCUGGCCGUGGAAGCAUUGAGAAACGAAGAAUGCCCGGUGGCCGUCGCUACUGGCAGCUGUCUUAUCUUGUCACCAGACACAUAUGUUCGCGCAUCUCAGCUGCAUAUGUUGUCGAGCACAGGUCGCAGCCAAGCAUGGGACGAGGCGGCUGAUGGUUACGCUCGCGGAGAGGGUGUCGCUUCCAUAAUUUUGAAACGCCUCAGCGAUGCUCAGCAUGAUGGCGAUGAAAUUCAUGGUGUGAUUCGGGCCACGGGGACUAAUUGCGAUGGUCACAGCCAAACUAUAACAAUGCCCAACCCGGAGGCCCAGACCAAGUUGAUUCGAGCUACGUACGCACGCGGUGGCCUAAACCCGCUGCUCCAGGAAGACCGUUGCCAGUAUUUCGAAGCCCAUGGGACGGGGACUGUGGCAGGAGAUCGAAAUGAAGCGGCAGGAAUCCACAAUGCCUUUUUCAAAGAAGACGCGUUGUCACACGGCACCAUCUAUGUCGGCUCUGUCAAAACCGUGAUCGGACAUAGCGAGUCCACUGCUGGUCUUUCGGGCCUCCUGAAGGCUUUGUUAGCCGUUCAACAUGGAUUGAUUCCUCCAAACCUGCUAUUUAACAAGAUCAGCCACCAAGUUGCUCCCUAUGCCUCUCACCUCCGGGUACCGACUGAGCUGAUUCCCUGGCCCAAUCUUCCGCCUGAGACUCCACGACGUGCAUCAAUCAGUUCGUUUGGAUUCGGGGGUGCUAACACCCACGUUAUUCUGGAGAGCUAUAGCGCAUCGGAUAGUCUACCUACAGCUAGCGAGACCCCACUGGCAGGGAUCCUACCAUUUGUGUUCUCCGCCGCGUCGCAAAAAUCGCUCAAGGCGGUACUGCGGCAAUAUAUUGAUGUGCUGGAUGCACAUCCGACCAUCGACUUGCUGGAUUUGUCCUCAUCCCUUCUCACGCGAAGAUCAAUAUUGAGUAAUCGAGUCGUCCUCACGGCAGACUCUGUGCACUCUCUGAAGGAGGGGCUGGAAGAAGAGCUAGACGAAAUUGCUGCAGUUAAUGCACCGUCUAUUAUCACGACUCGCUUGAAUCAGAAGCCGAAGAGGAUUCUAGGCAUAUUUACAGGUCAGGGAGCGCAGUGGGCCCAGAUGGGCCUUGACCUCAUCUCCCAAUGCCCCCAAGCAAAAGCUUGGCUCCAGGAGCUGCAGGAAUCUCUGGACACUCUUCCGGGUUCACAUCGGCCCACUUUUACUCUCAUGGACGAGCUAGCUGCUCCCGAAUCUACCUCCCGGAUCGGAUCAGCUGAGGUUUCUCUUCCUCUCCGAACUGCCCUCCAGAUCAUACAAGUCAAUAUGUUGCAGUCUCUUGGAGUGGAGUUUGCAGCGGUGGUUGGUCACUCAUCUGGCGAGAUCGCUUCCGCCUACGCGGCCGGAUGGCUCAUUUCUUGGGAGGAAGCAGAGGCGAUUUGCAGCGAGGCUCCCUACAAAGGGAGCGUCGUAGUCGCCGCCUCAAAUUCCCCAUCCAGUGUGACCUUCUCUGGAGACAGUGAAACGAUCACCGAGCUCGAGUGGCUUUUUGAGAGCCUUGAUCAAGCCCCGAAACGGUUGCGUGUUGACACGGCCUAUCACUCUCAUCACAUGGCUCCCUGUGUUGAGCCCUAUCUGCAGGCCAUGACAGCCUGUCAGACUGGUGUCCAUAAGGGCGUGCCAACAGCAAACUGGUACUCUAGCGUCCAUAACGGGCAGUUAAUGACAGAGCUCGACAACGAGUACUGGUGCAAGAAUAUGCUUCAGCCUGUCCGAUUCUCAGAGGCAUUGACGGCAGCUUUGGAAAGUGAACCCCAAUUUGACGCCUUCGUGGAAAUCGGACCGCAUCCCGCUCUCCGUGCCCCGUCCCUGCAGACCAUAUCAGACCUGAAGCCCGAAGAUGCUCAGAUGCCCUACAUCCCGGUAUCCCAGCGUGGACUUGGUGCUGUCGAAUCACUUUCUCUGGCCGUGGGCUUGUUCUGGGCGCAGCUAGGAGCUGCAUCAAUCAACAUCCCAUCCUUUGUGGAACUUUUUACACCAUGUCGACGGCCGAGGUAUCUCCCUUGGCUUCCGACGUACCCCUUUGACCACAGUCAAACUUUUUGGGCUGUGCCGCGUCUAUCAGAGGCCCGAAUCUCUCGUCGCCUUCCCAAGCACCCGCUUCUUGGUGCGGCCAGCCCAGAGACAGGCGAGGGAGAGUGGCGAUGGCGAAACUUCCUGCGGGUGGACGAGCUCCCCUGGUUGGAAAGUCACCAGGCAAAUUCGCAGAUCAUUCUACCAGCCACAGCGUACCUGGUCAUGGCUCUUGAGGCGGCCCAUCUCAUCGCAGACGGCCAGACGCUGCAAUUGGUGGAGAUCACUGACCUGGCUAUUGAUCGGGCGAUAUCUUUUCCCAGCGAAUCAGCCGGUAUUGAGACUAUGUUCAAUGCCUACCAAACUGAUGGCACUGAUGAAAGCAAUGCCAUCCUUUCCUUUGCUUGUCAGGCCAGUUUCAAUGGAACCUUGCGGCGCUGCGCCUCUGGCCACAUUCGGAUGACAUUUGGCGAACAGACUGCGUCGCUAUUACCGUGCAAGGGUCCCAUCACUCCUGGACUGCGGGCUGUGGAUUACAAUCAAUUAUAUAAACAGCUGGACAUGCUUGGCUUGGGCUACUCCGGUCCUUUCCGGGGACUCAGGGAGCUCCAGCGCCGCAAGAACAUAGCCUAUGGAAGUGUUUCUGCCCACGAUUCAGACAAUGACCCGUCUUUACUAGUCCACCCCGCGCUUCUUGAUGUUAGUCUACAGGCGUUAAUUGUGGCUAUCGGCUCCCCUGGCGACGGCCAGAUGUCCAGCCUUCAUCUUCCAACUCGGCUAGACCGCGUGAUGAUAAAUCCAGCCUUUUUACGGACCGGUGCCCUGCACGAUUCCAACGCGCACCUAACUGUCGAAGCCACAUUGACUGAAAUUGCAAAAACUGGAAUCACCGGUGAUAUCAAUCUUUUCGAUGGCAGAGGUCGGGGAUUUGUCCAGGUUGAGGGAAUGCAUGUCUCUCAACUCACACAGCUCACUGGUGACGACCGUCCGAUGUUUGUCAAGGAGGUUUGGGGCCCAUGGGCACCACAGUCUCCAUCAAGCAGUGUUUCGGGCUCUCCAUCUCGCCUCCUGACAGAUAAACUCGCGCUUCUCCACCUUCGGGAUACACAGAGCCUCCUGACUAGCAAUGACCGUGAACACUUAGACUGGCACAAGAGCCGGUACGUGGCGUGGAUGGAUCGAGUUCUGGCUACGGUUCGCCAGGGCAGUCAUCAACUUUACUCACCUGACUGUCUAGAGGGCGAGGUUGCCUCUCUCCUACCCCUGGCAGCCAAAGAGAUUCAUUCGGUCGAGUUUCGAACUCUGGCAACAACCGCUGAAAACCUCCUCGGGUGGCUACGAGGUGAGCGCUCCCUGGCGCAAGAGCUGGACCACGAGAACCUCCUGCCCCGUAUGCGUCAAGAGGCCCAUGACUGGCGCACAAUGACGCAGCGCUUGGCAUGUUUGGUGCAGCAACUGGCCUUCCGAUACCCGCGCAUGAAGGUCCUCGAAAUCGGGGGCGGAACACUCUCGAUAACACAGGCGGUGUUAGACCACCUGGGUCGAAACUAUCAUUCGUACACAUACACUGAUGUUUCAGAAAAUCUCUUCAACGAGGCCCGGGAAACUUUUGCCUCUCACGAUGAUCGUUUAGUCUACCGCCAGUUGGAUCUAGAGCAUGAUCCGAUUGAACAAGGAUUUUCUGAAUAUGAGUACGACCUCGUGGUUGCAGGCAACGUCCUGUGCGAACAUCGCUCACUGAAGCAAACCAUGGCAUAUGUGAGACGCUUGCUGAAGCCCGGUGGUAGGGUUGCCAUCAUGGAGACCACUGAUCCCGAGCAUAUUACCUCAUCGUUUGUCUUCGGCGGAUCAGACACAUGGUGGUUGGGCGAAACAGACGGUCGAUCCUGGGGACCCCACAUCUCGCGAGACGGCUGGAACCAGGUGCUGCAGGCUUCGGGCUUCGGCGCUUUCGAGGCAAUCUCCCCAACGGAAGAAGAGUCAAAGCUCCUUAGCUUUUCUGUCUUUACUUCACGGGCCAUCAACGACCGCGUCAAGAAGCUGAUUGAACCGCUCUCGGUCCCUGCCAAUGGACAGUUACCUAACCUCAUAUUGCUUGGAGGAGCGACGCCGGCUUCUACGAAGCUGCUGGCAGCAGUCCAAAAUCUCGUGGGUCCAUUUUUUAGUUACAUCACCGCCGCCAAAGGCCUGGAAGAGUACAUUGUUCAACCCGAUGUCUCACUGGCAGUAGUUCUGAAUGUAUCGGAUAUGGAUAGUCCCUGUUUAAAGGGCCUCACUGCAGAGCGCCUUCAUAGCUUGCAAAGCGUCAUUGGUGUCACGGGACGACUCUUGUGGGUGGCCACCGAGCAGGGAGAUGAGGACCCGUACCUGCGGAUGAGUAAGGGACUUCUGCGCUCGCUGGCUUUCGAGAAUCCACAUGCUGCAAUGCAGCACCUCACGAUCAGAGAUCAAGGGGAGGUGUCGCCAGAUCUCGUGGCGAACACACUCAUGCGGCUGGUUCACACUGAAGUGUCUGGUGAUUAUCGGCUGUCCAAUUGCAUGGAAAGCGCCGAAUGGGAAUUGUUGCUAGAGGACGGGACCCUGAAGGUUCCCCGCAUGCAGAGCAACACGGAUAUGAACCAGCGAUGGCUGGCGAGCCGUGGAGCUCCCAGGAACCAGUCUCUCAACCCUGCACAAGCCUGUGUGGAGCUUUGCAAGAGAGAGAAGAGGUUGGUCUUUUCUCCGUCUUUUGCAGAGAACCAGCCGGAUAUCAAAGGAGACGGCUUCUGCAAAGAGGUUGUUCAAAUUCGGGUACAAUAUGCCACGCUUUCCGCCGUUCGAAUCAACAAUGGUUUUCUUCAUCUAGUCCUCGGGACGAACGAGCGGACAGGUGCUCUGGUUGUGGCGCUGUCGGCCUCUCAUGCAUCUGUCGUUUCAGCCCCAGCCUCGUGGUGUUUCGAUAUCUCCAGUUGGCCAUCAGACAGAAAUGACGCUGUCUUAGACGAUGUAUGCAUGGCUCUCCUUUCCCAGCAUAUAAUCUCCCAUGCGCCCGCCGGUUCUACAAUUCUUCUUCACAAAGCCCCCGAUUCUCUACAAGAAGCUCUCACUGUGGUUGCCUCCGGAAGCAAUAUCCAGGUACGCUCCAUCACAACCGAUGGGGAAACCAGCAAAGAUUCGGUUAGCCUGGCUAUUCCAAUCCGGAGAUCGUCAUGCACGAUAUCCCGCCUCCUACCAACCAAUGCAUCAGUCUUUGCCACAUUCGAGCCUGAUGCGGACCAUUUUGUAUCCAAGAUCAAGUCUAUGUUUCCCCCGGGGCUGAUCUUUAUUGGUUUGAAUGACUUCUACGGUGAUCCAUUCCCUCCUCCCGGUGCCCAUCAUUCCGUGGCAGAGUCUCUCCUCAAAGCCUGUUUGUUUUCCCAAAAGCGCAGCUCUUUCCGCUCCAUGGUAGACGCAGUUUCUCCCCAGAAUGCCUUGAAGCUGUCUCCUGAUCAUCAGAGACUGAGGAUUGUCGACUGGUUCCAUUCGGGUUUAGUUGAGACCGAUCCUCUUCCGGCAAGCUCUCUCGUGAAAUUGAGCGCCAACAAGACCUACCUCCUUAUCGGGCUGACUGGCGACAUUGGUCAGUCGGUGUGUCAAUGGAUGAUUACUCGGGGAGCUCGCUCGGUGGUUCUCACAAGUCGAUCCCCUAAGGUCGAUCCAGCUUGGCUCGAAGAGAUGUCAGGGCUUGGUGCUGCUGUUGUUGUCAUGUCCAUGGACGUGGCGGACCGUACCUCGGUACUUCAAGUUCAUGAGCGCAUAAAAUCAGAGCUACCAUCUAUCGGAGGGAUCCUCAAUGGAGCAAUGGUCUUACGCGACGGCCCAUUCGCCGAGUCGUCGGCCGAGGACUUCCAUCAAGUUUUUGCUCCCAAAGUUGAAGGUAGUCUACUUCUGGAUGAGCUGUACCAAGACAGGCAGCUUGAUUUCUUCCUUCUAGUGGGCUCUCUUUCUGGUCCAGUGGGUAACUACCACCAGUCGACCUACGCUGCUGCCACAGAGUUCAUGGCCGGCCUCGUGCAUCAGCGACGCCAGCGCGGCCAGGUUGGGAGCAUCAUUCAUCCGGCCCAGAUUCGUGGCGUCGGCUACCUUGCCAACGUAGACCCGCAGCUGGGGGAGUUUCUCACAAACCGCAUGGGUCCUCUCAUUCUGUCCGAGCGUGAUCUCCUUGAGUUGGUCGCAGAGGGCAUUCUUGCCGGUCGGCCAGACUCGGGGCAGUCAGUGGAGAUCAUGGGCGGAUAUCAAAUGACGGAUCCAGCUCAGUUCCCUGAGGUUCUAUGGUACCGCAAUCCGAAGCAGUGGCCUUUCAUUGAGUAUUUCCAGCAGUCAGGGGCCGCGGAGUCAAACAGCAAGGACUUCCCCAUCAAGGCGCAACUACUUGUUGCUGAUAGUCUAACUGCGGCCACCGAGAUCAUUGCCCAAGUUUUCAGCGAGAAGUUGCGAAAGAAUAUGCGGCUACCGGAUGACACCGUGCUUCUUGGUACGACGUUGCUGAUGACGCUUGGGGUCGACUCGCUCGUGGCGGUGGAUCUGAGAAUCUGGUUCGUUAAAGAACUUGGCGUGGAUAUCCCGGUUCUACAGCUGCUUGGAGGCUCAUCUAUCGAUGAUCUGGCCUCCAGUGCGGCUGAGAAGCUGGAUCCUAGUAUGAUACCUUUGGUUGGAAGUUAG